AUGGCUUCCCGUCCCCAGAACAUUGGCAUCAAGGCCAUUGAGAUCUACUUCCCCAGCCAGUAUGUCGAGCAAUCCGAGCUCGAGAAGUUUGACGGUGCCAGCACUGGCAAGUACACCAUUGGUCUGGGCCAGACCCAGAUGAGCUUCUGCGACGACCGUGAAGACAUCUACUCGUUCGCCCUGACCGCCACCAAGAACCUGCUCGACAAGUACAAGAUCGACACCAACUCCAUUGGACGUCUCGAGGUCGGAACCGAGACCAUCCUCGACAAGUCCAAGUCGGUCAAGUCUGUGCUUAUGCAGCUCUUCGGCGACAACACCAACAUCGAGGGUGUUGACACCAUCAAUGCUUGCUACGGCGGCACCAACGCCUUCUUCAACGCUGUCAACUGGAUCGAGUCGUCUGCCUGGGACGGCCGCGAUGCCAUUGUCAUUGCUGGCGACAUUGCCCUCUAUGCCAAGGGCAACGCUCGUCCCACUGGUGGCGCCGGCGCUGUUGCUAUGCUGGUUGGCCCGGAUGCCCCCGUCGUUGCCGAGCCUGGUCUCCGUGGCACCCACAUGCAGCACGCCUACGACUUCUACAAGCCCGACUUCACCAGCGAGUACCCCUACGUUGAUGGCCACUUCUCGCUCACCUGCUACACCGAGGCUCUCGACUCGGCUUACCGCGCUUACUGUAAGCGCGAGGCCCUCCUCGCCAAGGGUCAGGCCAACGGCCACGCCAACGGCGCCGCCGCUGACGGCAAGACCCCUCUGGACCGCUUCGACUAUCUGACCUUCCACUCUCCCAACUGCAAGCUGGUGGCCAAGUCGUACGGCCGUCUGCUCUACCACGACUUCCUGGCCAACCCCGACAGCCCCGCCUUCGCCGAUGUCCCCCCUGAGUUCCGCGACAUGGACUACAAGAAGUCCCUGACUGACAAGACCGUUGAGAAGACCUUCAUGGCUCUGACCAAGAAGCGCUUCCAGGAGCGUGUCAACCCUGGCAUCCAGGUUGCCACCCUGUGCGGUAACAUGUACUGCGCCAGCGUCUGGGGUGGUCUCGCCAGCUUGAUCGCCCACGUCGACAGCGCUGCGCUUCAGGGCAAGCGCAUCGCGCUUUUCAGCUACGGCUCCGGUCUGGCUGCCAGCUUCUGCUCCUUCCGUGUCAACGGCAGCACCGAGCAGCUGAGCAAGGUCCUCGACCUCCCCAACAGGCUAGCUGCCCGCCGCGCUGUUCCUCCCCAGACCUUUGACGAUAUGUGCGAGCUCCGCAAGAAGGCCCACCUUCAGAAGAACUUCACCCCUGUCGGCGAUGUGUCUACCAUCACUCCUGGCACCUACUACCUCGAGCAGGUCGACGACAUGUUCAAGCGCUCUUACUCGGUCAAGGCCUAA